AUGAGUCUUGAUAUCCCCCUCCCCCGUCCGAGCUUCGGCCUCUUGCCGGACACCUAUCCAUACGCCACCAACCUUUCCUCUUCAGCCUCCUCCUCUACCUCUUCAGUCUUUUCCGACGCUGCAUCACAAGCGUCUAGUGCUAGCUCAACAUCCUGUCACUCCUCCUGGGAGUCAGAAGAAUGGAGUUCCAGGAUCCAAGCUGCAUCGACUUCUACUGUCGACUCUGCAAGCUUGCUUGUUCUCCAACCAAUCAGCCGCGUCAACACCUUCCCUCAGUACCAGCCUUCAGCAUGCCGAGAGACUAUUCAGGAGACGUUACCAUCCCUCCGCACCCAGUUUCUCGCGCCUAUGGAGCAGCGACAACAUCCUCGACGAUCGUCGACGACUAUCAAUCAACGGCCUCCACCUCAAUUAGUACGGCAGUCUGACCGCAAGGUCAACUUCGUUGACUGUCUCGUCGAUUCUGCUACUCAAAUGGUUGAGGUUAUCUGGCAGCUCUCCGAGCCCAAGAGUCGUUGUGAGACUGCUUCUGGACGUGGAGUGCUUCCUCUCCGCACUUUCAUCCAGGAGACUCUUCGACGGUCUCGUACCAGCUACUCCACUCUACAGGUAGCCUUGUACUACUUGAUCCUGAUCAAGGCUCACCUUCCGAAACACGACUUUACCAUGUCUCAGCCGGAAGAUGCCUCCCUCCGCGCUCUGCAGUGCGGUCGUCGCAUGUUCCUUGCAGCGCUCAUCCUUGCCUCAAAGUACUUGCAGGACCGCAACUACUCUGCUCGUGCAUGGAGCAAGAUCUCCGGCCUCAAGGUUUGCGAGAUCAACACAAACGAGAUGGCUUUCCUUGAAGCGGUCAACUGGAAGCUCCACAUUGUGGAUGCUAUCUGGGAGAAAUGGCAAGAGGUUGUCAUGCGACACACUCCUACUAACCCUCCCUCAUCACCGGGAGCCUCCAUUCCUAACACUUGGAAAGACGUCAUCCCUAUCUUGACGCCUGAGUUGGAUAUCAUUGAAUUGGGUCCUAAGACGCCAGCCACUCCUGUCCGACCGCAGCCAAGGCCGCAGCUUAGUGCAUCUCCCUUCCGCUACCCGACUCUAGAGGGUUACAGCUCCCAGGAAAGCACACCGACUCCCUCUCGUUAUCAGAUGCCUCACUUUUUGGAGCCGAAGCCUGAUUUCCUUCCUCCAGUUCCAUCCUUGGCUCGUUUGGCUCCACUGCCUACGCCUUCCUUGACGCCGCAAUCUAUUGCCACCAGCACUCCUGCAGCGAGUUGCCCGGCUUUCGGAUCGCGACGCCCAUCGAUGAGCUCAGCAAUGCAGCAAGCACAAUGCUCGUCAUUGGCGCGCACCUGUGUCGACCAAUUCAAUCCCAGUAUCAGGAACGGACUGGAAGCUUAUCACUUCCCGACCCGACGGCCUUCCUUCCCUCCCUCGAACUCAUCUCUGUCAUCCUCUCCAGAGUCCAUGGUCUCGGACAACUCGCGAUCUUCGCGUGCUUCAUCAAUCUCUUCAGUCUCCUCUGUCGGCUGGGCGCCAAUCCAAAGUCAGGCCAAAUUGGCCCGACUGGCGACGUGCCGCAAUGCGAGACUGCCGUAUCCAGCACUACCCAAGUGCAAGGAGCAGUACGAGUAUGCUCCUAGCGAAGCAACGUCCUCGCCCGAUCUGGAAAGCUUCCACCUUGAUGAUUCGGACUCCGCUUCCGUCAGCGUCGAGAGCCCGGUCGCAAUCCCUGCAAGCCGCAAGCGUGGCAGGUCGUCGGCGGACCUUCAACAGAACGUUCGUCAUCUACUCCACAGCUCUCGCUCGGAAUUCAGCCUUCGAGGCCAGCAUACCGUUCUACCUGAUCGUUCGGUUGCUCACUCAUUUCCCCUGUCGGGCAGUGAACGAAAGGGGCUGCAGUCCCCUAAGCACACUGUACCCGAUUGCUCACGUCUUCCAAUCCAGAAAGACUUUGGCAAGAAGAGGUCGUGUUGCGCCACCGAAGCUGUACAGCUAUUUCGUCCACAAGGGCCAGGCAUGUGGGAAGGUAUCUUAUAA